AUGAGACUUCUGUUAGUGUUUUUGGCAGUAAUUGUCCUUGCUGAGGGUUAUGCCGCGUACUGGGACCUCCCCCUAUGUGGCCUGUGCCAAGAUUUGGUCGGCUAUUUGAAAGGAAAGCUUGAAGGAGGAGUUGACGAUGUUCAAAAGAUUGCAACCCAAUUCUGUGGGGAAAAGGCUCCAAUCCUUCUCCAAGGAGCAUGCAAGAGCUUCGUGGAGGACAGUAUGAGCCGCAUUGUGGCACUAUUAAAGGAGAAGGUCGACGUGACAAAAAUCUGCACUAUAAUCAAGAUGUGCAAAAACUAA